AUGAGUCGAACAGGGAAGGAAAGUUCCUCAGAUGGAGAAACUACACCCCAGGCUUCACUUGUCAACGAGAGCAUCAGGGGGUCAAAAUCCAGGUUCCCCAAAGCUGGAAGCAGAAAAGAGAGCAUUGACCCCAAAACAACUGAUUCCCAACCCCAGGACAGGACACUGAAGACAAUCUCCUUGGACAUUGCCAAGACUCUCACUUCAGAAACAGAACCGAGAUCCAGGAUGGAGGAAAAUGAGCGGUUUCUGCAGAAGCUAGGCAGAAAGGCUGUCAACAAGUGUCUAGAUCUGAACAACUGCAGACUGACAACAGCGGAUGUGAGGGAGACGGUUGCUUUGCUGCCUUCUCUCCCAGACUUGGAAAAACUGGAUAUUUCCUGGAAUGAUGUCAUAGGUGGAAACCUCCAUGUACUCACCCAGCAAAUGCAUCUUGUCAGCAAGUUAAAAAUCCUGAGGCUGAGUAGUUGCAGACUUACCGCUGAUGAUGUUCAGGCACUGGGAGAAGCACUUAAAGUCCUGCCUGACCUUGAAGAGUUGAAUUUGUCUUGGAACAGUAAAGUGGGAGGAAACUUGCCUCUGAUCCUCCAGACAUUGCAAGAAGGGAGCAAGAUACGAACACUUGAGCUCGUGGACUGUACACUCACAUCAGGAGAUGGGGUGUUUGUGGGUCAGUUGCUACCUAGACUGCAAAACCUUGAAGUACUAGAUCUUUCUAUUAACAGAAAUAUCGGUGGCAGUCUCAGUAGUAUUGCUCAUGGACUAAAAAGUACCUCAAACCUGAAAGUCUUGAAGUUACAUUCGUGUGGAUUGUCACAAAAGAGUGUCAAGCUACUGGAUGCUGCCUUUAGAUAUUUGUGUGAGCUGAGGACACUAGACCUUUCCUGCAACAAGGAGCUGGGUGGAGGGUUUGAAGACACCGCAGGGCUGGCCACGCUGGAGCACCUGGAGGGGCUGGAUCUUCGCCAGUGCUCGCUGACAGCUGACGACGUGUUGUCCCUGACUCAGGUUAUCCCUUUACUCGUGAGUCUUCAGGAAUUGGAUUUAUCUGCCAACAAAGAGAUGGGCAGCUAUUCUGAAAACCUACUCAGCAGGCUCCGAUUUUUACCAGUGUUGAAGUCAUUGAUAAUCAGCAACUGUGCUUUGGAGAGUGAGACUUUUACUGCCCUGGCUGAAGCCUCCAUUCACCUCCCUGCUCUGAAAAUAGUCAACCUUUCUUGGAAUAAGUGUAUUGGCGGCAACCUGAAGCUGCUCCUGGAGAUGCUAAAGCUUUCGAUGUGUCUUCAAGUGCUGAGGCUGAGCAGCUGUUCCCUGGUGACAGAGGACAUGGCUCUCCUGGCAUCGGUAAUUCAGACAGGUCACCUGGCCAGGCUGCAGAAGCUGGACCUGAGUUAUAACGACAGCAUCUGUGAGGCAGGAUGGACCGUCUUCUGCGAAAACCUGUGGCUCCUCAAGGAAUUAACUGAGCUGGAUAUCAGCCUUCGGCCAUCAACUUUUAGGAAAUGCGGACAAUGGUUUAGACACUUGCUAAGUGCCGUGACCAAACUUCCCAAGAUCACUGAGGUAGCAAUGAAGAGGUGGCUUCUCCCAGCUUCACAGGAGGAGGAACUACAAGGCUUUGACCAAGAUCACAGAAGCAGUGUUCACUUUGACCAUGGUGGGUUUCAGUAA